CGGGGCUAGCGCACCAUGGCGGAAGCGGAAGGGAGUUCGCCGCUCCUGUUGCCACCGCCGCCACCCCCGCCCGGAAUGGCGGAAGUGGAGGUGCCGACGGCGGCCGAGACGGACAAGAAGCAAUUUAGCGGCUCGGGCGGCGGCGCCAUGGACGUGGAGCGGAGCCGCUUCCCCUACUGCGUGGUGUGGACGCCCAUCCCGGUGCUCACGUGGUUUUUCCCCAUCAUUGGUCACAUGGGCAUCUGCACAUCCACAGGAGUCAUUCGGGACUUCGCUGGCCCUUACUUUGUCUCGGAAGACAACAUGGCCUUUGGGAAGCCUGCCAAGUACUGGAAGUUGGACCCUGCUCAGGUGUAUGCCAGUGGGCCCAAUGCGUGGGACACAGGCGUGCAUGAUGCCUCUGAGGAGUACAAGCACCGCAUGCAUAAUCUCUGCUGUGACAACUGCCACUCACAUGUGGCAUUGGCCCUGAACCUGAUGCGCUACAACAACAGCACCAACUGGAACAUGGUGACGCUGUGCUUCUUCUGCCUGCUCUAUGGGAAGUAUGUCAGUGUUGGGGCCUUCGUGAAGACCUGGCUACCCUUCGUCCUCCUCCUGGGCAUCAUCCUAACCAUCAGCCUGGUCUUUAACCUUCGGUGAUGGCUACCGCAUGGCCCUGGACCACCAGGCUCCUGAGGAGGCAGCCGCCACCCCUUUUGGUUCCAGAUUCUUUUUCUCACCCCAAAAGGCAGGGAUGGGCCUGCUGGUUUUGACCCAGGGCUUUGGGCUAGGUGGUUGGAAUAAGGGGUAAGGAUGAGCAUGGGGCGGGGUGUUUGCUUUUUGUGUCUCACUGGUCACUCAGACGCUCCCUGUACCCUGCUUCCCAGGCUUGUGACCCCUGCCCUUGAGGCACCUUCUUUGUUCGUCUGUUGAAAGGGCCUUAGCUUGCCUCUGUAGAGCUAUUCCUGCCACUGCCUGCUGGGCUCCCCCUGCCUCAGUCCAGUGCUUGGUAGGGGAAGGGAGGACAUUUGGACCCACCAGCCAAGGCAGCACAGGAGCCAGAGCUGGAUUUGGAGCCCGUCCUCCUGCCGAGGCUCUGGUUCCGGGGUGGGUCAGGUACACCAAGAAGUCUCCAUAAGCUAAGCUGCCCUGGGGCCUUCACCACUGGCCUCUAGAAUGGUCCAGGAGGAUGGACGGACCCCGCUUUGGAUAUUUGUCAGAAGCUGCAGUAGGGGUGGUUUGUGCCCCAUCUCCUGGAGUCCUCCAGUCCAUGCAGCUCCCUCUUCCCAAUCUCCCAGGGCCUCUGAGCACUUGAGCCCACUUGCCCCUGCAGUUCGGGGCCUGGGGUACUCCAGCCAGGCUGGAGAGAUGAGUGACGCUGACAUGUCCAGAGUGACCCCGUGUCCAUCAGAACAAUGUAGACAAAGCUUGGCCCCAGUCCCGGCUAUGGGCCUCACGCUGGUCAUGGCACCCUUGGGCCCAAGAUGUUGGGGGGCCGUCAGAGCAGCCAGUGCCAUCAGGGAGCUGAAGGGGAGCUGUUUCCUCCCACCUACCAUGGCUCCCUCUUCUCUUCAAGUUGUGGAAAGGGGCUGUGCUGUCCGCCUUCUCCCUGUUCCAUGGAUUCCUUUGUGUGGGCUCCUGGGGCAGGAUAAUAAAGAGUUUUGACUCCA